CUCUUCAAGGAACACGUCCUCCACUUUUUGGUCAAGAAAAGUUUACUGUGACAAACUGACAAAUCAUAUUUCUGUCGUGUUUGAGAUCCCAUUGACGCGAUUUAACAGAAUCAAGAAGAGCAGCUAUGAGUUUAGCAGCAGCAGCGAGUGGAUUUGUUGUCCUUCUUUUCUGCGUACCAGUGGUUCAGGGUCAGGAUGACUGGGGAGUGACUUUCACUUCUACUGAGAUCUGUGCUGUAAAAGGAGCAACAGUGGAAAUGAGCUGCGAUUACAAACACCCAACCUACAUGUAUGGCAAUAAUCUCACAGUUCAGGAAACAUUCUGGUUCAUUAAAGACCUUGUGGAUCUGACAACAGUUAAAGCCUACACAGAUCGAGUGCAGUACAGCUGUGAUGGGAAGAGAUGCACUCUGAGAAUCAGAGACCUGAGAAAGAGCGAUUCAGCUGUUUACAAGUUCAGGUUCAUAACAAACCCACCUGAAGGACGUUAUAGUAGUCCAACUGGAGUCACUUUAUCUGUCACAGAUCUGCAUGUAUAUGUGCCAGACUUAAAUUCCUACAAGAAAACGCUGACAUGCCACAGUGACUGUCCUUUACCUGCUCAUCCUACCUAUGUCUGGUACAAAAAUGGACAUGAUAUUGGGAUAGCGACACGUUUUCAUUCAGGCAACUUUCAGUACGAAGACGGCAUUUCUUGCGCUCUAGGAGGAUUUGAGGAUUUCCCUUCAGAUUCAGUCUGUGUCCGCAGUAAAUACUGCAACAAAGUGAACUACAAUAACAGAAGAAUCUGUGCUCUCAGAGGAUCGUCGGUGUUCAUUUCUUGCACUUACCAGAGUUAUAGAUCUGCCAAAUCAUUAUUUUGGUUUAGUCCUCAACAAAGUCAUCAGUGGUCAAGUUCCUCUAAACCUGAGGACAUCAGCAAAGACUCCCAGUAUGGAGGUCGAGUUCAGGUCGAUACAUGGAGUCGAGGCUCCUCACUGACAAUCAGAGAGCUGAGAGAAACUGAUUCAGCUGAAUAUCGCUUCAAAUUUAAAACCUCGAUGGAUGAAUGGGAAAGUGAUUUACAUGGAACAACUGUGACAGUCACAGCUCUCCAGGUGCAUGUGACCAGAAUAUCAGACUCUCAGCGUUACACCCAUUUACAGCUGAAGUGUCUCAGCAGCUGCACUCCAUCUGGUCAUUCCUACGUCUGGUUUAAGAAUGGACAGAAAAUGAAUGUGGUGACAUCUUCUUUGGAAGACUGGUUUUAUCUUGGAGACAGAAUCUCCUGUGCUCUGAAAACACAUGAGCAACACGCAUCACCUGAAGUGUAUCCUCCAAAGCCUCCCUCUCUGUCAGCGAGUCCCUCUGCUGAGAUAAUGGAGGGAAGUUCAGUGAAUCUGACCUGCAGAACUGAUGCUAACCCAGCAGCUAAUUCCACCUGGUACAAGAGGAAUGGAAAUCCAGCCCUUCAGUCUCUCAGUAACGAGUCACAGCUUGUCUUCAGCUCCAUCCAGUCCUCAGACUCUGGACUCUAUUACUGUACAGUGGAGAAUACGCUGGGCAAGAGGACAUCUAAAGACAUUGGUAUUGAUGUGAAAUGUGAGUAUAGCAGCUAAUUUGAAAAUAACAAAUUGAAUCUAUUGAGCCUGUUCAUCUUGUUAAGCAGGAGAUGAUUCCUGACCUGAGCUCAGAGCUCCGAUUCAAACUGUCCAGUUUGUCUGAACAUUUUUAGAGGAUUUAAUUUAAAUACCGACAGUAUCAAUUCACCAUUAACUUUGAAUAAUAUCUGUUAA